GUGAGUGGUGGUGCAGCGCAUUCCUUGGGAAAGAAUCCUGCUCCUUUCUUCUUUCCCCACCGGCUUACCGCGAAGUAGCUUGCUCACCAGACGCAUGAGGUUUAGACGCAACAGCAUUCAUUUUACGGACUGCAGGCAAGUUGGAAGAAAGUAAAUCGCAUCACAAAGCCGGAUUAUUGCUUUGUUAUUUUACUGCAACAGUCGAAAGAUUUUGCCACAAGUUAGCUACUUUUUGUGAUCCGUUUUUGUGAUCAUGGGCACACAACGGAGACAGACUAUUAGACACUUGUAUGGGUGGACAAUCCUCAUUGUCGCUGUUUUGUCUCAACGUUGUCAUGGAACUUGUCCGGAAAAAGAGCUUCAGAGACGAGAAGAAGAGGCGAACAUAGUUUUAACUGGGACUGUGGAAGAAAUAAUGAACAUGGACCCGGUGCACAAUACGUAUUCUUGCAAGGUGAGGGUCUGGCGUUACCUGAAAGGCAAAACGAUGGUCAAUGGGGAGGUCCUGCUGGAUGGUGGCAACAAGGUGAUGAUUGGUGGUUUCGGGGACCCUGGCAUCUGUGACAACCGGGUCUCCACAGGCGACACCCGUAUUUUCUUCGUCAACCUGGCACCCGAGUACAUGUGGCCUGCUCACAAGAAUGAGUUGAUGCUGAACUCCAGCCUGAUGCGGAUAACCCUGCGCAACCUGGAGGAAGUGGAGAAUUACGUGGAAGAUCAUAGAAUGAUCAAUGCAGACAAACCUGUUCACUUCACGCCGGCACCCCAGCCCCCAGAUGGCUGCAGAGGCAUGCUGUGCUUCGGAGCGUUGUGUGAGAGGGACCCGACUGACCCGUCCAAGGGCGAGUGUGUGUGUAAGAGGACGCCGUGUCCGUCGGUGGUGGCACCCGUCUGCGGUUCGGACUCGUCCACCUACUCCAACGAGUGUGAGCUGGAAAAGGCCCAGUGCAACAUGCAGAGGCGCAUCAAGGUGCUGCGCAAGGGGCCAUGCGCCCUGAAGGACCCGUGCAGCGAUGUGACCUGCAGCUACGGCAGCACCUGCAUCCAGUCGUCGGACGGCAUGUCAGCCAAGUGCAUGUGCCCGCUGAGCUGCGAUCGGGUGGCCAAGCAGGUGGUGUGCGGCAGCGACGGCCAGGACUACCGCAACGAGUGCGAGCUCAACAAGCAGGCCUGCCACAGCCAGAAGAACGUGCACGUGCAGCGCCAGGGACCCUGCGAUGCAUGCAAGGACACCCAGAAUAGCCUGAAUACUGGCUGCCGUGUGGACCCGCGCCACCACAGGCCGUUGUCCUACAGUCCACCCGAAUCCUGCCAGCCAGACCCCCAGCCCCUGUGUGCCAGUGACGGGCACACCUACGACAGCGAGUGUGAGAUGCAGAACACCGCCAUGCAGAAGGGCCUGGACCUCCGCAAGAUCCACCAGGGCCGCUGCAAAGAGCCAGACGAGUGCCGCGAGGAGUGCAAGUUCAACGGCGUGUGUGUGGUGGAGCUGACGGGAGCCCACUGCUCCUGCGAGCCCAUCCAGUGUGACGGCGCCUACAAGCCCAUCUGCGGCAAGGACGGCAACACCUACGCCAACGACUGUGAGCGCCGGCGCGCCGAGUGCCAGGCCAAAGCCCACAUCCCCGUCAAGCAGCAGGGGCCAUGCGACCUGCACGUGCCCAGCCCGUGCCUGAAGAAGACGUGCGAGUUUGGCUCUGUGUGCGUGGUGAAGAACGCCAAGCCGGUGUGCGAGUGCCCCGAGGCGUGCCCGCAGGUGCCCGACCCCGUGUGUGGCAACGACGGACACACCUACGGCAGCCCCUGCGAGAUGCGCGCCAUGGGCUGCGCCCUGCAGCGCCACAUCCGCUUCCAGCACAAAGGACCCUGCGAUGAGCAGUGUGCCAACUGCUCGUUCGGGGCGAUCUGCGACGCGCAGACGGGGAAGUGCGUGUGCCCCACGGAGUGUGUGGACACGCAGCAGCCGGUGUGCGGCAGCGACGGCACCACCUACGAGAACGAGUGUGAACUCAACGUCAGGGCCUGCACCGAGCAGCUGGACCUGAAGGUGGUUGCCCAGGGAGAAUGCAAGACAUGCGGCAGCGUGGUGUGUGGCUGGGGAGCCCGCUGCGUGCAGAACCAGUGUGAGUGUCCCGAGUGCCAGAACCAGCCCUACAAGCCCAUCUGUGGCAGCGACCGCAACACCUACGACAACGACUGCGAAUUGCGCGUCGCCUCCUGCAAGCUCAAGAAGAAGGUCGACGUGCUGAAGCCAGGCACCUGCGACGAACCAGCUCUGAAAAGCGUCGGGGAAAAAAGGACGAGGGAGCGACUCAUCACCAUUAGGGCGCGGGGCCGUGUGCUGCACGCCAGCACCGCUGUGAUUUAUGGCACGCCGAGGCUUCGCUUUCGCCUUCGCCUUCGCCUCGCCUCGCUCACCUCCAAAAACGCCAAAUCUCUCUCUCUCUCUCUCUCUCUCUCUCUCUCUUCCACAGCCCCUACUCCACCUGAGCUCAACGCGCACUGCAGUCAGACGGUUUACGGCUGCUGUGAAGACAACAAGACGACCGCCCUGGGUGUGGGACUGGCCGGUUGCCCAAGCAUGUGCCAGUGUAACAGCUAUGGCUCUUACGGUGGCACCUGCGAUCCCACCAGCGGUCAGUGCUCCUGCAAGCCUGGCGUGGGUGGACUCAAGUGCGACCGCUGCGAGCCCGGCUUCUGGAACUUCCGCGGCAUCGUCACAGAGAACAUGAGCGGAUGCACACCCUGUAACUGUGAUGCGGGCGGCUCCGUGCGGGACGACUGUGAGCAGAUGUCCGGUCUGUGCUCCUGCAAGCCCGGCGUCAAGGGCAUGAAGUGCAACGUGUGUCCAGACGGCAGCCGCAUGGGCAUGAGCGGCUGCGACAAAGGACCGGAGGCACCUACGUCGUGUGUCGAGCUGGAGUGCAAAUUUGGAGCUUUCUGUGUGGAGGAGGACGGCCAUGCCCACUGUGAGUGCCCGUCCCCUGACUGCGACGAGAAGAACAAGGCCAAGGUGUGCGGAUCUGAUGGGGUAACGUACGCUGAUCAGUGCCAGCUGAGGACCAUCGCUUGCCGGCAGGACAAAGACAUCACGGUGCAACACCCGGGCCAGUGCACAGAACUCAUCUCAGAGUUGACCGUCAGACCCCACCACCCUCCCAACCACCCCCUCCCAUCGCCCACACCACCACCAACGCCGCCACCACCGUGGCCGACUACGACAUCGACACAGAGGAGCCGGGCAGCAUCGUCGAAGCUCUGCCGCCCAUCCAGAGAGUCACCACAGCCGCCGACUUCACCACCCUCUCCGCCCCACCACCACCCACCACCACCAGCCUGCCCACUCCACCCACCCCCAUCAUCAGAUGACGGUGCCACCACCACCACCUCCGCUUGCCGCCGGCCUCCACCACACACGCCCGAGCGUUGCCCGACCUUCGAGGAGUCGGGCAGCGGGCAGCCCAGCGGCGACGACGAGGACGAGGGCAGCACCGCCACAGAGGCAAGCGGAGAGGCAGAGCCAGUCGGCCCAACAGCAGUGGUGACCACCAUGCCCCCACCGGAGGAGCGCUCGUCCUGCGACAACACCCCCUUUGGCUGCUGCCCUGACGGCAGGACCGCGGUCAGCAGCCCCGAGGGCUCCAACUGCCCCUCCACCAUGAGGUUCAACGGCUUCCUGCAUCUGGACCAGGUAGAUGGCCAGGAGAUGGUCUACACACCUGAGAUGGAGGACCCUAAGUCCGAGCUGUUUGGGGAAACAGCCAGGAGCAUCGAGAGUGCGCUCAACGAGUUGUUCCGCAAGUCUGAGGUGCAGAAGGACUUUAAGAGUGUGCGUGUGCGGAACCUGGCCCCCAGCAACUCCAUCCUGGCCUUCAUCGAGGCUCACUUUGACCCAGACACCAGGUUCGCGGUGGCGGACAUCGAGGGGGCCCUCCUGAAGCAGCUGAAGGCAGCGCGCGAGCCUGGCAUCGUGGUCAAGAAGCCGGAGGAGGACAACAUCAGCUUCUCAAAUUACGGUCUCUCCACUCUGCCCUACUUCACCACCACCACCACCACCAUUGCCGCGGCGACCACACCCACCACCACCACUACCACCAUGCUGCCCCCGACCGCCGUCUUCACCACACGCCGACCGGCCGUCACCCGUCGCCCCUACCCAGUCCGCCGCUCCACCACGGCUCCCCCGCCGGUCCUCACGCAGCGCCCCCACACCACCACCGUCUCCAGCACCACCAAGGAGAUCCUGGUGCGUACCAGGCCCGUGUCCCACGCCGCCAGGCCCCAGAAGCCCUGCGACUCCCAGCCCUGCCGACAUGGAGGCACGUGCGAGGACGACGGAAACGGCGACUUCAUCUGCAUCUGCCCCGCCGGCCGCGGAGGUGCCGUCUGCGAGAAAGUGAUCAAAUACUACAUUCCGUCCUUCGGAGGCAAGUCCUACCUGGCCUUCCCCACCAUGAAGGCGUACCACACUGUCCGCAUCGCCAUGGAGUUCCGGGCCUCGGAGAUGACCGGCAUCCUGCUGUACAACGGUCAUAACGACAAGAAGGACUUCCUGUCCCUGGCACUGGUCAACGGAAAAGUGGAGCUCAGGUUCAACACAGGCUCCGGCACCUGCACGGUGACCAGUAAGGUAACGGUGAAGCCUGGCCGCUGGCACCAGCUGGUGAUGACUCGCACCCGCCGCAACGCCAUGCUGAGUGUGGACAGCGAAUCCCAGGUCGAGGGCCAGAGCCCGCCAGGCACCGACGGCCUCAACCUCGGCACGGACCUGUUUAUCGGCGGUACGCCAGAGGAGAUGGCGCAAGAUGUGAAGGAGCGGGCGUCCAUCUCCACGGGCCUGGUGGGCUGCGUCCGCAUGCUGGACGUCAACAACAUGCUGUACAACCUUCAGGAGAAUGGCGAGAACGUGCUGUACGGCACCGCCGUGGGCGAGUGUGGCAACAACCCGUGCCAGCCCAACCCCUGCAGGAACGGCGCAGCUUGCCAGGCCAAAGAAGCCGAGAUGUUCCACUGCAAGUGUGUCAACGGCUUCUCAGGACCGACCUGUGCUGAUGCACACGACCCCUGUGACCCCAGCAAAUGCCACCCGUCCUCCCAGUGCCAGGUUCUGCCAGAAGGCGGCUACAAAUGCGAAUGUCCGAUGGGCCGUGAAGGAAAGCACUGUGACAAAGUGUCGGAUCGCAAAGGCGCAUACAUCCCUGCCUUUACUGGAGAUGCCUACCUGGUGCUAAAGGGCCUGCAUCUCUAUGGACAUGACCUCCGUCAAAAGGUCAGCAUGACUGUGGUCCUCAUGGCCAAUGACUCCAAUGGCAUGAUCUUCUACAACGGACAAAAGACCGACGGCAAAGGGGAUUUCAUCUCUCUCUCUUUAAACGAUGGCAUCCUUGAGUUCAGAUAUGAUCUGGGCAAGGGACCGGCAGUCAUCAGGAGCAAAGAAAAGCUCAAAUUGAACGUCUGGAACACGGUAAACCUCGAGCGGGCCAACCGCAAAGGCGAGAUCAACAUCAACGGCAAGGACCCGGUCAAAGGAGAGUCACCGAAAUCACGCAAGAACCAGCACACCGAUCUGAACCUGAAGGAUUCACUCUAUGUUGGCGGGGCUCCUGACUUCCGGCAGCUGGCGAGAUCGGCCUCGCUGAAGGACGGCUUCAAGGGGGCCAUUCAGAAGAUCACCCUGAUGGGCACGUCCAUCCUGAAGCCAGAGAACGCGCUGGACUCGCGUGACGUGUCCAUGUUCAAGAGCCACCCGUGCUCCCAGUCCACAUGCAUGAAUGGCGGUCGCUGCAACCCUCUGCUGGACAGCUUUGAGUGUGCCUGUCAGCCUGGCUACACGGGCAAUCGCUGCCAGCUCGUGAUCCAUGAGAAGUCCGCCGGGGAGACCGAGGCCAUUGCCUUCGACGGACGAACGUUCAUCGAGUAUCACAACGGCGUCACAAAGAGCCAACUGACCAAUGAGAUUCCCGAUCCCGAGUCACUGGAGAACCCUUCUGACCAGAGUGAGAAGGCUCUGCUGGUGAACAAGUUCGAGCUGAGCAUCAAGACGGAGGCCACGCAAGGCCUGAUCCUGUGGAGCGGCAAGGGCGUGGAGCGCUCCGACUACAUCGCGCUGGCCAUCGUGGACGGCCGCGUGCAGAUGACCUACGACCUGGGCUCCAAGCCGGUGGUGCUGCGCUCGUCUGUGCGCGUCAACACCAACCGCUGGAUCCGCAUCAAGGCCAGCAGGGCUCUCAGGGACGGCUCCCUGCAGGUUGGUAACGAGGCUGCGGUGACGGGGUCGUCACCCCUGGCAGCGACCCAGCUGGACACGGAUGGUGCUCUCUGGUUGGGUGGUUUGGAGGAAUUGGCUGUGGCGCGUCGACUGCCGAAGGCAUACAGCACCGGCUUUGUGGGCUGUGUGAAGGACAUGACCGUGGACGGUGUGGAACUGCAUCUGGUGGAGGAUGCCUUAAACAGUCCCAAAAUAUUACACUGUACCGCCAAAUAGUCGGUCAGCGCACCACUCCCUCCGAGAAAACACGAUGAUAAAAGAAAAGAGGAAAAAAAAUCGCCAUGUCUACUGCUGUAAUUAUUUUCUAUUUUUGUAUACUUUUCAUCGCUUUUUAUAUUGGGAAAAAUAUGUUUUAAUUUUUUGAUUGUUUGUUUUUUUUCCUUUUUGGUUUUGUUUUAUUUCUGUUUUUAUUUUUUUAUCUGCACCCCCAUGCAUAACCCCCUUCACCUUGUUAAAUGCAAAUGUACAUGGUGUCACAAGGAAAAAAAUAAGUUGUAUUAUAUAUGUUUUGUUGUUUUAAAACAAAAAAGCAUAACCUUGCUCAUUACUUGAACAGUAACAGAUGACAUUGGUGCUGUGGUCUCCUCUUGAUUGCCUUCUCUUAGUGCCAUUCACCUCCAUACAGUGCAGUACCUAAACAUUCCACUGGGCAGUUUACUUCAUUCACCAAUACCGCAUUCAACAGGCCAACAUGAACUGAACAAAAAGUCUAUAAGCUUGCAACACAGUGAUGCAUUCUCUGUAACAAAAAAAAUUGUGUGUAUAGCAGUGCUCCAAUACCAACGUAGCUGAGACUAUUUUAGACAGAUUUCUAACCAUUUUUAUUUGUUAAUUUGUUGCUGUUGUUUUUUUUUUUCUUUUCAAACAUUGAAUUCCUCGCUUACACCAAACCUAAAUGCAGAAAUGCUAUUUGUGCGAGAACACAUCAUAUUAGCAAUCAUCAAUCACUUCCAAAUCCCAUUGAUGAAAUGUAAAACAACGAAUGCAUCAAACCCUAAAACAUAAGACUGUGAAUAUGGACAAACAAUGUUUUAUUUUUUUCUGUAUGGAUUGUGCUUCACAUGUGUUGUGCAUCAUAAAUUCAGAAAGACAGUAAAUCUACUAACAAACCCGUGUUGCAUGCAGCUCCUAAUGACAGGUUAAUUUUUGCAUCGGUUUUAUUGUUUCUGGAUCCGUCUGUUCAGGGCAUCAUUGGCCGCAGCUGUCGUGUCAGAGGGGAGGACACAGCAGUUGGCGUGCUCUGUAUUGGAAAAGGUUCCAACACGUUCCUCUGAUGAAAAAAAAAAGAUUUGGUCACCUGAAUAAGAAAAAGUAUAUAAAUAUAUAUAUAAAUAUAUAAAUAUUUAACUUUUUUAUAUUUGUUGUUUGUUAUUCUAAAAGUUUUAUAUUUGUUGGACGUUUAGGAAAAAAAUGAAUAGUGAGAGUUGUAAUGGCAACUCGCCAUGUGGAGGCGCUGUAGCACAGGCUGAAGAAAUCAGAGAAGAGGCAGAGCGUGUGAGAGAGUGAAUCAGACGUCUCCAGGGAGGCUCGAGCAUUGAAAUUUCCUCAGAAUGUUCAGAUGUUACAUAAAGUCCUGAAGUGUUGAACAAUUCACAGCCGUUUUGUUAGUCUAAUUUCAAAUGCAAACAUUACUUUUAGAAAUUGCUCUCAGCUCUCGCUGUGAAAAAAAGGGAUUAUGUAACACGUUAGGCCCUUGCAUCCUAGGACUGCCGCUGGGAAAACAGCCGUGAAAAUAAAGAAUAUUAAUAAGCAAGCAUAUUACAAUAACGAGAGAAUAAUGCAUGGGUUUGUAUUGUCAAAAUGAACUUUUUGUAACAUGUCUGUGGACAGAUGCAAUGCAAUUGCUUUUAUUGCUGGCCCUGUGGCCCGAUUCAAAAAUGAACACAUUUACUUUGAGAAUACAACGUAUGUUAAAAUACUCUGUGAUAAAACUCUAACCUAUUUCUUCAAGGGCAUCACAGUCCGGUGAAACUAUCAAUUUGUAAUUAUCCACUCUUGACUUUCCCCACCAGCGAAUGAGACCAUUUUGUACAGCCUUGCCAUUUUCCAUGUAAAUUUAACAAUGUGUAACUGUGGAGGUUUUGUUUUAGUAUAAUACACUGGAACCAAUUCUGACUUGUCUGUUCACUACACAUUUAUUUUUUGAUGUUCCUAUGUCUAAGGGGAAGGGAGGGGAUAGGGAGUCAAAAGGACACUUUGUGGGGGUGUUUUUUGUUUGAGUGGUGUUUAGGGGAUUUUCAAGGGUUCCACCUCCAAGGUCAAGAUCAGGAACCUUCUCACGAGUACGAAAGCUACAGAUGAGGAACAUCCACGCAGCAUUGUGAACCAUGCACUGAGUCUGUCAGAAAUGAAAAAGCAAUUCCAUUUAUUGUCUUUCUUUUGUUUUCACUUGUUUGUUUAUUACUUGUUUUUUUUUUCUCUGUGGACACACAAACAUUGCUCCUCGAAUGGUCCAAUCACUGAGCAUAAGAAGGGAAAUCCUGUGUGCGUGUGCUUGUGUGUGAAAGAACGUCGCUCAAAAAGGACAAUAAGUAUGUGGGCUCACGGAAAUGACCAGACAUAUUAACAGUGGACAUCUAUGGAGGAAAACCUGUCGAAGAAUUGCCUUAAAUCAGAUCACCACUCAACGGUGACCAAAUUGUGUUCCAUACUGUUCUGUGCUCUCACUUUAGCCAGUAUAUACUAGUCCCAUCCCUGUCAUGUAAAUUAAUACAUUUUGUUGAUAAUAAUAUAAUAAUAACGCUCAUAAUUCCAGAGGACCUGGUUAAAAACAAAGAUAUUCUGGCCUCUGCAAAUAUACUAUUUACUGUAUAAAUAUGAUUUUCAGUUUCUUAUUUAUGUCUUCAUAUGAAUUUCCAGACUGGCCUUUGUAAACUACUGUUAUUGAGUGAAAUAUUCCUGAAAGGCAGUGCACAGAAUGAGAGGGGCAUGACGUUACCAUUACUAACUUUAUUACUUGUGUCUUGUGUUCCUACCACCAUGAAAUAAAGUGUAAAAAUCAAA